AAAAGAAAAAUAAGACUGAAAUUUUAAUUAGCCUUGUCCGGUCUAACUCCAUAUCCAAGAAGAUUGAAAUUAAUAGGUUUUAAAUAAAUAUGAUGACCAACACGCCUCAUCCUCCUUUAAGUCCACAGAGCGAUUUUUUCUGUAGCUGGAAAACAAAAGAAGAAACACGAACACUACUGAAUUAUAAAGUGCAACAAAUAUUUGGGAAAUCAUUUGAGUAUCAAAACAAAAUUUCCUGGAUUUUGCCUACUGCUAACGAAUUAUUUAAUGAAUUCUAUCAAUUCGAAAGUCUGCAAGAUUUGAAACUACACCUUAAUGAAGUCAAAAGUAGGCUGAACGAUUAUGAGAUUGAAAAUUGGUCGUUACAUACGAAUCGUAAAGAUCCAUCCGGUGAAAUUGCAUGGCGUUUAAAAAAUGAGACUAAGGCAGAAUUCGUUACAGUUGCUUGGUGCAAAUUUUAUGAGUGCUUGGGUAGAUUCCCCCAGCUAAUAAAAGGGCCCCAGAUGAAUUCGUUGCACUUAUGUGAAGCCCCCGGCGCCUUUAUAGCUGCUUUAAAUCAUUUCUUGUGUUCCCGAUAUGAAAAAAAAGAAAUUCAGUGGCAUUGGUUGGCUUCUACCUUAAAUCCCUAUUAUGAGGGCAAUCCUUGGUUUAACAUGAUCACUGAUGAUCGCUUCAUGUUAUUUACUUUGGAUAAUUGGCUAUUUCAUAAAGAUUUCACGGGCAAUAUCAUAAGUAAAGACAACUUAAAAGAUAUGGCAGAACAAUGCUCGAGACGCUUACCGCAGGGAGAAGUGCACUUAAUUACAGCCGAUGGAUCGGUAGAUUGUGUAGAAUCACCGGACUGUCAAGAGGAGCACGUGUCCUUGUUACAUUUAGCGGAAAUAACAGCAGCCUUAACUGCACUGGCUAAUCACGGCUGUCUAGUAAUGAAAAUGUUUACCAUGUUUGAAUCUAGCAGCGUUUGUAUGUUGUAUUUGCUCAAUUCCGUAUUCGAGAAGGUGCAUGUGACUAAACCGGCCACUUCCAAGCGUGGUAACUCUGAGGUUUAUAUAGUUUGCUUAAAUUAUAAUAAAGAAACUGCAAACUUGAAGGAAAUCUUAAGCGUAAUGAGCGAACAUCUGAACAAAGAGCAACCCAUAGCUGCGUCUUUAUUCAAGAAAUCCCACUUACCGAAAGAUUUUUUAAUGCAACAUGAAAUAUGCUGUCGUCUGUUUAUGAAUCAUCAAAUCACGGCCGUUGAAAAUAAUAUUUUUACUUAUGAACUAAAAGCGAAUCGCAGCGAAGUGAAAUCAAGUCAGUUGCUGCGUUCUCUUGUAUGCCAAGAAUAUUAUCGCAGAUAUAAUGUUAUACAAAUACCCGAAGAAUCGAAAAUACUUUAUAAAUUUACAAAUGCUAUUGAAAAGGGUUUCAAGUUGCAAAUCUAUCGCGGCUCUUAUACGGCGCGCAAUAUGCUAAAGACAGGCAGCAAAGAAGAGCAAAUCUUUAAAUUAAAGACAUAUUUGAACGACAUUGAAAAAUAUAUAAAAAGCGAUAUAUUAAGCGCAGAUGUCUCAAGUGCACAGUUCGCGGAGAGUCACAAAUGCAGGCUAGUCGUCUAUAAAGGAAAAUCCAUAGACAAACUUUGCAGCAGUUUAUUUGUUAAUGUACAGUUAAUAGUGAUGCGCACUAAAUUGAAAACAAUUCAUCAAAUAGAGCCGCUAUGGUUAGGGCAACCGAAAGCUAAACUAGGCGAAGAUUUGGAGGUUAAUUAUUCCAAAAAUGAAAACGGAGACUUUGCCGAUAAGCAGGUUUCAUUCUUCUACGAUAUAUUACACAAUUUGUUAUUGAAAAAAAUUGAUAACUUGGAAUUUACAGAGCUCCCAUUUGUUACGCAUUUCGCGGUUUCUAUUCUAAGAUACUUAGCAGUUAAUGUUUUCGAAACUUUAACCAUAAGUUGGCAUCCUAAAUUUGUUAUCACUCUUAAAGAACCAAAAGGUCAAUAUUGUCACGCUUUGAAAUUGCUGAUCGAGGCCAUGAAAUCUCCCACAAAUGCAAAAGAUAUUCUAUGCUUAAUUGAUAUAAAGGAAUUGCAUCGUAAUGAAUUUAAUCGUAGUUUAACAUAUUUUAAUAAUGAAUUAUUGUUACAUAAGUAUAAACUUCUCUUAGAUGAAAGUUAAAAAUAAUGAAUGUUAAAAUAAUCAAAGUCUUGAAUAUUUAUUAGAUCAUGAACUUUUAAAAGAAUGUUCUCGUGACAGAAAUUUCCUCAUUACACCCCUUCAAACCACACACAGUGUGUUAUCGUA